AUGGAUAUAAAAACCUUGCUUGACAGUCUUCAUGAAGAAGUAUCCUGUUCUGUGUGUAUGACCACAUUUACUGAUCCAAAGAUACUGCCAUGUUUGCACAGUUUCUGUCUGCACUGCUUAAACGGGAUUUUACGAACAAGUGGCCGCUAUGACAUCUUCCCAUGCCCUGAAUGCCGAAGAGAAGUUCAAGUUCCUAGCAGUGGAAACCUCAACGAUCUGCCGACAAACUUUCGUAUGAACAGUUUGCUAGAUGUGCUGGCCAUCAAAGAAUGCCAUACUGCUGGAGUGAAAUGUGCAAACUGCGACAAAAGUAGCAGACACAGUUCGUACUGUUUUCAGUGCUGUGCGUUCUGGUGUGACGAGUGUAUCAUUGCGCAUAACUUAAUCAAAGCGAAUAGAGAGCAUCGAGUUCUUGCCCUGAAAGAUUUUGAAGAUCAAGACAUCGAGGACGUGUUAAAGCGGCCGGUAUUUUGCCAACAGAAGCAUCACGAAAAAGAAGAACUCAAGUUCUUUUGCAACAACUGUGGCGUUGCCAUUUGUAAUUUGUGUGUUGCAACCAUCCAUGAUGGUCACGCUAAGAUUGUUCUAGAAGAAGCAGCAAGUGAAUGCAAGAUACAAGUCAAGUCUGCGAUCGAGACACAAAAGAAAAAUAUUGAACACAAGAAAAACGUAAUCGCUGAUCUUGAAAGACAGUGUAAACAAAUUGAAGCGCGAGGCAAUGCAGUGAAACGAGACAUCCACAAGUUUGCUGAGAACAUGAUCUCACUCAUUGAAACAAAGAAGAAGGAAAUAUUCAACAAAGCUGAUAAACAAAUUAGAGAAUCCCUUGGAUGUGUGCGAACUCAACAAUGUGAGGUCAACCGUCGAGUCAAACUGCUUGAAACAGCAGUCGAAAAAACGGAAACACUUUUAAAACGAUGUACAAAUGCCGAGAUUACACAGUUAAAUAAGUCACUGAAUACGGUCCUCCCUGAGGAAGUCAGUGAUAUUGGAAAACAAGCCGCGACUGACCUUGAAGGUCUUCGUCAAUUCCUUUUCAAAGAAAACAAAACAUUACUUGACAGUCUUAACUCUGACAACAUCGGCUCAUUUCAAACUUUUGUGACAAACACUUGCGCUCAUCAGUCAACCGCCGAAGGGAAAGGAAUCAGUGAGGCGAGAGUUGGACUUGAAUUAAACUUUCUAUUAACAACAAGAAAUGCCGAAGGAGAACAAUGUUACAAUCAGCGUGACUGUGUAAACGUGGAAAUAAAAAAUCAGCGAGGCCAUGACUGUGCGACGGAAGUGCGACUCAAAGAUGAGAAAGAUGGCAGCCAUAAAGUCAGAUAUUUCCUCAAAGAUACAGGAAAAUGCCAAGUAUCAGUGAAAGUAAAUGAAGAACACAUUCGUGGUAGUCCAUUUCCUCUUAAACCGAAACUCAGACAGUUCAGACACGUGUUAUCUUUUGGACAACAAGGCUCGUCCGUUGGAAUGCUAUGCCAUCCAUAUGGUGUGGCAGUGAAUGAACGAGAUGAAAUUGCAGUGACUGAAGUUAGUAACCACAGAGUUCAGGUAUUCAGUAGUAAUGGAACUUACUUAAGAUCUUUUGGUAGGGAGGGUGAUAAACAGGGCGAGUUAAAUUGGCCUGUUGGGAUAGCAUUUGAUAAGAAUAGACGCAGUAUAGUAGUAGACUAUAAUAACAACCGAGUUCAACAGUUUGAUGAGCAGGGUGAGUACCUGAGCCAGUUUGGUGUUAAAGGAAAUCUUGAUCACCAGCUGAGGGAUCCUUUGGGUUUAUCUGUUGACAAGAAUGGAAAUAUCAUUGUUGCCGAUAAGGGCAACAAAGUUAUAAAAACCUUUUCUCCCAGUGGCCAGUUUUUGUAUAAACUUGGUGAAGGUGAAGGUGAAGGUUUUACUUCUCCUUGUCACUGUAUUCAAUAUGACAAAUAUCUAAUAGCGUCAGACUCUGCUGAACAUUGUAUCAAAGUGUUUGAUAUAAAUGGCAACUUUUUGUACAAAUUUGGAAAUAAUGGGAACAGGGACGGGGAGUUUAACACACCCCGUUUUUUGUCAGUUAACAAGGCAGGACACCUGAUGGUCUGUGACAAAAACAAUCACAGAGUUCAGGUAUUGGAAAUGAGUGGUAGGUUUGUAACAAAGUUUGGAAAACGAGGGAGUGGGCCAGGAGAGUUCGAGGGUCCAACAUCUACAGCAGUUCUUAGUGAUGGUAGGAUAGUUGUAGCUGAUUGGAUGAACCAUCGCAUUCAAAUAUUUGAGUAAAUGUGGAUCAUUUAUCUACCAUCACAUUCAGACUACAAAUUACUUCUAAAAAAAAUUGUUUUCAACUAAUCUUCAAAUCAUUUCUCGGAUGAGCUUCUCGUCGUAGUCUCAGUGAAAAGAACAUUGUAGAACUUUGAGUCAGUGGAUUCCAUUUUGUUCAAUGUAUAGUUACAAGUUCGCGCGUUAGGUUUUUCAUCACAAAAGAGAAAAUAAUAUCCCACUUUUUUUCUCUUGCUCACGGUAAACCUAAUAAAAGUGUUUUCUUAGCUUAGUUGUUUUACUUAAAUAAAUGGAAAUUAAUUAAAUAUAGAUUAAAAUGACACGUUUUGAACUUUCAGAGAGAGGCCAUUAGAAAAACAAUAAGUUAACUGCAAACUGGUUAUUGCCAUUUUCAAUCGAAUUCGCCAAGAUUUCAUUUACAAAUUGUCUUUGUUACUUUUGUCGUUUUUCGAUGAGCUCAGAUGGACAACACCUUCUUUUUCCUCUGUUGUUGGCUAUUCACUUUUCUAAUGGCUCGUCCUUCAGUUCACUUGUUAUAAACGAAUAAUGCUGGUGUAUCUGUGUAGAGUUAUAGGAAACUGCACGUCAAAGUGCAGUUUCAUGUAACUCUACACAGAUACACCAGCAUUGAAUAAUGUUUGCGACGUGAUUGUUUUAUUCAUGUAAAUCUUGCAGUAUUUGCCGAAAAAACGAUAACUUUUAAGGCGGUACGUCACGAAAAGCUAGGGUUUUCUCUCUGUUUCGAUUCACGUGAAAGGAUCCUACCACUGUAAUCUUUAGAUUCUAGUUUUUUAGGGAAGGCAAAAAAAGAGGUGAAAAAUUAUUAUGAUAGUGUAUUCAUUAUUGAAAAAGAAACAAAAAUUCAUUAAAAUUGUCAAAGA